GAGGCGGGCAGGGGAAGCCGAACGAGAUAAGGCACAGGGAAGACGGAAAACCGAGCCCAGCGCGCCUCCGAGCGUGCGAGGCGCUGGAUUUGAGGCUGGAGAGGCCCCGCGGCCAGAACUCUGGAGACCCCUCCCCAUCCCGGGGCCAGGGAGGCCGGUGCCGGGAGCCGAGGAGGAGGAGGAGGUGGCUGCUGCAGGAUCGCGGCGGCGGCGGCGGCGGCGGCGGCCUGAGAGUCUGCGGCUGAGCCGGGACCCGGGUCCCCACCCGCCACCUGGGGGACGCGACAGGUGCAAAGACCAUGGCCGCAGCAGGAGCCCCCUGGUCCUGGAUGGUCCAUGCCCUAAUCGCAGCCCUGAUUCUGGGGGCGACAGACCCAGUUCUUGCAAACGAUGUGGCUUCCUGCGACGACCCGUCUGCCUUCGGGCCCUCUGGGAGCACCCCGGACCUCAGGCCUGGGGCGACGGAGGACACCCGGGCGGAUGAGAGCAGCAGCCGCAUUGUGAAUGGGACCGACUGCGAGAGGAACAGCCAGCCGUGGCAGGCUGCGCUGUUGUUGAGAUACAACAAGCUCUACUGUGGGGCCGUGCUGGUGGACCCGCAGUGGCUGCUCACGGCUGCCCACUGCCGCAAGCAAUUUUUCAGAGUCCGUCUUGGCCACCACUCGCUGUCACCCAUGUAUGAGUCCGGGCAGCAGCUGUUCAAGGGCAUCAAAUCCAUCCCCCACCCUGGCUACUCCCACCCCGGCCACUCCAACGACCUCAUGCUCAUCAAACUGAACAAAAGGAUCCGCGAGACUCCGUAUGUCAGGCCCAUCAACAUCGCCUCCCGUUGUCCCUCUGCUGGGACCAGCUGCCUGGUGUCUGGCUGGGGAACAACCAGCAGUCCCCAGGUUACCUUCCCCAAAGCCCUCCAGUGCCUGAACAUCAGGGUGCUGAGUGACGACCAGUGCAAGAAGGCCUAUCCAAAUCAAAUAGAUAACACCAUGUUCUGCGCUGGGGACCAGGCGGGCAGAGACUCUUGCCAGGGUGAUUCUGGGGGCCCCGUGGUCUGCAAUGGCUCCCUGCAGGGCCUCGUGUCCUGGGGAGACUUCCCCUGCGCCAAGCCCAACAGACCCGGCGUCUACACCAACCUCUGUCGCUUCACCAAGUGGAUCCAGGAAACUAUCAAGUGCAAUUCGUGAUUCAUUCCUGGAUCCAGCAUUCUGGACUCUCCUCAUCCCCCUGAUCCCCCCACAAGUCCCCGCCUGUGCAGGGACCCUGACACUCCUUCCAGACCCCAGUUCUUUCCUUAAAAUGUUGAGGUUGCUCAUCUCUCCAGCACCGCCCUCCACCUGGAGUCAAGAUCCCCUCUCCCCAGUGGAGAGACCAGUCCUUCUGGUCAGAUCCUGAAGACAGUCCCCAUAACACCCAGGGCGAAGGCUGCACCUCAGUCUCCCCAGUGCUUCCUUCCUCAGGUCCAGAGUCCACCUUCUCUGCAGCUGUGACCCAGAUUUGAUCCCAGAAAUAAAGCACCUGAGAAGCGG